GUUAACAUUACGGUGAUUCUGGGUUUUGGCUUUCUGGCCACGUUCCUGGUGCGGUACAGCUUCAGUGGCACAGGAUUUACCCUCCUGGUGGCAGCCAUGGCUGUCCAGUGGGCAGUUAUCCUGUACGGUGUUGAGUCUUUGUAUCACAGAUGAAAGAUCUAGAUAAAUAUUUUUAAAAAUGUAAAAAAUUAAAUAAAAUAAAAUAUGAGAAGGUCAAUAAAUAAAUCAAAGUUGUGGUGUAUGGGAAAGACAGGCAUAUUUUAGAUGGUGUCUAUCUUUCUAUUCAUCUGGCAUUGAGGCAUCGUGUAAUUGGAUCUAAACUAAACUUCAGAUUUCGUGGGAGAUGGACUCAUCUGAACAUUAGAUCAAUUUUGAGAUUUGAAAACAUUACCUAAAGCUCCCAGAUUUUUUUACCUGCCAAUUUGAUUAUUGUUAAAAUGUCUAUAUUCAUGUAUUGUUAUCUGUUGAAAGCAGAUAUCAUAGAUAUUGAACCCCUUUUCUGUGUUUGGACCAGCUUGGUUGUUGCAGAGAUGUGCACAGCAUUCUCCCUCAUUGCUAUAGGUGCUGUCCUUGGGAAGACCAAUCCUGUCCAUCUCCUUCUUAUUGCCCUGCUGAGGUCUCAGGGUUUGUGCUCAAUGACAUUCCUAAAAGUAAGCCUACAGCUGAUAAAAUGAUGUGUUUUUAGACUGGAUACUGAUGGUCAGGUGUCUGUUUACACACAGGUGUGGUUUUUGAAUACCAUCAUGCUGCUCCACAUCUUUGGGGCCUUCUUUGGACUGAUGUCAUGGGUCGUGUACCGACGAGGAUCCGAGCAACAGCAUGAGAAAAAUACAAUUGACCGUUCUCUGUAAUGGGCAAGUAUAACGAUUGGUUUUGCUUCUUCACUGACAUCAACCUUGGGAUCCCGAUACAUUAAGGCAGUGUUUCCCAAACUCAGUCCUCGGAACCCCAAGGGGUGUAUGUUUUGGUUUUUGCACGAACACUACACAGCUGAUUCAAAUGAUCAAAGCUUGAUGAUUAGUUGAUUGAGUCAGCUGUGUAGUGCUAGGGCAACAAACAAAAAUGUGCACCCCUUGGGUUCCCGAGGACUGAGUUUGGGAAACCCUGCAUUAAGAUAUUGAUAAACAAAAUGUAUUAAUUGCCCAUAGGCUUUCUAAAUGUUUUUGCAAACUGUCUCUAUCUUAUAAGAAUAAUAUGAAAAGCCCUUAUCUCAUAUUACUACUUUGUCUUCCAGCCCCUCAUGCUGUUUGCGUUUGAGUGCCAUGACACCUGCGGAGUCCUUAGUGUCCAUGGUCUGCCUGAAAUCCUGGGGUGGAUGGUUCCACUUAUCUUACAGAUCGCUGACUCUGAUCUUACA